AUGGGAAUUCAAGACCCGCUAUACUUUAUAUGCAAGCUAUUGCAAGAGUAUCUUAGGCCAAUUCAGUGGGCCAUAUUGUGCUCAAUUCCACUGAGAGGUAUUCAACAAGCCCUUGUUGCAUUUUGGAGUGAGCCCUUGAAACUUGGCCUUACUGAGACUGUGCUUGCUAUUCCUGUUGCUAUGUUUAAGGUUUUCAUUGGUACUCUUGUGGAUAUUAAGGAUGUUUGCUUAAAGGUUUUUCUUAAAAGAUCAAAAAGUAAUCGUUCUAUGCGUAAUCGGACUGGAUUUUCGAAGUUACUUAGGUGGCUAGUGUCUUUUGGUGUGUUUGUAAUUGCUUAUGAGAGGAUUGGUGCUUUUGGAUCAUUGGUGAUACUUGGUUUGGGAUUUUUGUUUAGUACUAGAAAUGUCGAUUCAACUAUGUCGGCUGUUUCUUCAUUUAGGUCUAAUAGUUUUAGGCGUAGUCCAGUUAGCGCAUUUUUCACACGAGGCAUACUGAAAAGGUUGGAAACCAUUGUAGCAAUUGGGUUGAUUGUUGGUAUGAUUGUGGUGUUUUUGAGUGGAAUGAUAUUUUUCUCUUAUAAGAUUGGUUUUGAAGGAAAAGAUGCUGUGAUUUCAAUCAAAUCACAUGUUGAGGAGAGUAAUUAUGCCGAGAGAAUGGGUGUUAAACAGUGGAUGGAGGAGAACGAUGUGCCUGGAAUGGUGGAUAGAUACACUACCACAGUUUAUGAGACCGUGUCUGAGCAGAUAGAUAGCUUGGCGAUGCAGUACAACUUGACUGAAUUUGUUACGGGGAUUAAGCAUUUCGUGAUAGCACCAUCUGGUAAUUCCUCAGGGAAAUCAACAGCUUUGAUGAGCCCCUCUCCAUAUGCUGAGAAACUUGUGAGUUUAAGGAAGAGGGUUAGGAAUCGAGAAUGGGGACAAAUUUAUACAGAACUCAAUGCUAUUAUUCAAGAAUUGACAAUCACUAGGGUGGAUCUAGUUGAGAAGGCAAAAGGGUUCGCUGCCCAAGGAGUGAAUGUGUCACAGCGUUUAUUUGCUAGUAGUGCAUCAGUUUUAGGUGGUAGUGCGAAGCUUAUGUUCUCCAUCGGACAUUCCAUAAUAUCUGGAGCUGCAGAGGUUUUCAAUUUCGUGUCCCAGUUGAUAUUAUUCUUGUGGGUUUUGUAUUAUCUUAUUACGUCGGAAUCUGGUGGAGUAACAGAACAAGUAAUGUGUAUGCUUCCGAUUUCAAAGUCUGCGAGGGUCAGAUGUGUUGAAGUUAUUGAUAAUGCUGUUUCCGGUGUUCUUUUGGCCACAGCCGAAAUUGCAUUUUUUCAGGGAUGUCUUACAUGGCUAUUGUUUAGACUGUACAAAAUACACUUCUUGUAUAUGUCAACCAUCCUUGCUUUGAUCAACCCACUUUUCCCUAUCUUUCCAUCUUGGUUUGCGACAAUACCAGCUGCUGUCCAACUCCUGCUUGAAAGUAGAUAUAUUCAUGCCAUCAUCUUGUCUGUUAUGCAUCUUCUCCUUAUGGAAUAUGGAGCAUCUGAAAUUCAGGAGGAUAUACCCGGUUAUAGCGCAUACCUCACAGGACUCAGCAUAAUUGGUGGAAUGACACUGUUUCCAUCUGCAUUGGAGGGAGCGAUUAUGGGGCCGCUGAUAACAACAGUUGUGAUCGCACUGAAGGAUUUGUAUGUUGAAUUUGUUCUGGGGGAACCAAAGAAAAGGAACUAGGAGAAUGCAGUUUGAGAGCCUGCUUUCUAUUCAUAUUUAUUUGCAACCAUGUGGAGACCUCAUGUACACUAGUUAGAGCUGCUUGGAUCAAGC